GCAGGCGUGGAGUUUCCGGACGCUGCGUUCCACCGACUUCCCGCGUGGGGCCUGAAUUUCCGAAUGGCUCACCCACCGCUUCCUGCCUGGCUCACCACCAGUGCCCUGUGCUGGCUGAGACAUACCACAUCUCCUCAGUUCCCAGAGUGCAACCUGCGUGCCUAUAGGAGUGAUUCUCAGCCUGUGUGGAGCAGAACCUGAUGUUGGCACUGACAAUCUCCAUCCCCCUGGUCACCAGCCUAUAUAUCCUGGUCAAUAUCAGUUACUUCUUGGUGCUGUCACCCCGUGAAAUCCUCUCCUCUGAGGCUAUAGCUAUGAGCUGGGGAAACCAGGUUCUGGGCUCCUGGGCCUGGCUGAUCCCUGUGGCUGCCACCCUCUCAGCAUUUGGUUCUGCCAAUGUGGUGUUCUUCAGUGGCAGCCGUGUGUGCUAUGCAGCUGCAAGAGAGGGCCACAUGCCCCAACUUCUGUCCAUGGUCCAUGUGAAUCACCUCACCCCAGCCCCUGCCCUGAUGUUCUCCGCAGCCCUGGCUUUGGUUCUGGUCAUCCCAGGGGACUUCAGGACCAUCGUGAACCUCUCCAGCUCCCUGUCUUGGAUCACCUAUGGGAUGACCAUCGGCUGUCUCUUGUACUUGCGGAUAAAGACAAAGAAUCUUCCCCAAACUUACAAGGUUCCUACAUUCAUUCCCGCCAUCAUGAUCCUGGCUGCUCUUUACCUGGUGCUGGCACCCAUCAUUGACAACCCACAGAUGGAGUUCCUGUACGUCUUCUUGCUCCUGCUCAGUGGCUUCCUGGCAUAUUUCCUGUUUGUCUACUGCCAGUACCAACCCAAGUGUUUGCAGAUAGCCACCCUGCAUCUCCAGCUGCUCCUGCAAGUUGCUCCAACCACUAAACAUUGACUGAGGGGCUGGACUUGCUAUAGACCCCUGUUCUUUGCUGAAGACCCCUCUGUUCCUGCACAAAUGGCCUUGCCAGUUUCUCUCUGGGUUGACUGCAUAAUUCUAGUAAGCUCUUAAGUGUUGUGACAGUUUUGGGUUAUCCACCAGGACAACGCUCCCAACCCUCUUCUCUAAGAACUGUCUCUUCAACGCAGCUAUGCUGGUGUUACAUGACUGCCUCUCUGAGUACAAAUGGCCAUUUGAUUGCUGUUUGCAACAUAAGCGGCACUAUGCAAUAAGUUCCCUCUUUCGAAUUUUGUAAUGAGGAUUCUAUGGUCUUAUUUGGCUUCAAAUGAUUGCUUGAGCUGAAGAAUUAUACACCCUGGGGUCAGUGUGGGGUCAUCUUUCAUCAUGUAGUCAGAGAAGUAGGAAAAACUACUGUGGUGAAAAGAAUAAAGAAGACAAGCAAUGAGAUGUUUUUGAGAAAUUAUGGGCAGCUGAAGUUUGGGGUAGGGUGGGGUGGGUCUGAGAGAGUAGCAGCAGCCUUGCCCCUAACUGCUUUCUGGUUCUUACCUCUGUCCUAUGGUUCCUCUGAUGGUCCUUCCUGCUUUUUUAAAAAGUGGUAUUGGCGAGGAAACCCAGGGCCUCAUGCAUAGUAAGUAUGUGCUUUGCCACUGAGCUAUAGUGCUAGCUUUUUGAUUUCCUAGAACAAUCUGAUAACUUACAAUAAAUCUCCUGGUUUAACUCGA